GUUUUUUUACAACCACAUCACUUGUGCUGUGUUCGUUUUAAUCUUUACCUAUGUGUUUAAGCUGAGUUCACCUUAGAAAUACAACUUAAAAUGGCAGCAAUAGUGAAGAGUUACAAAAUAAAACUUCCAUACCAUACUUACAUAGAUGUGACGCAGUGUGUAGACGGUUCGAAUCUGAACAUGCUCACCAAACCGUGUUUUAAAAUAGACGGAACUGUUGAGGAUAAAUCAGAGGAGGAUUUACAAAUAAAAGCUUCGUUUUCAAUCAACCCAAAUUUUAAAGAUUUGUGUGAGACCCUGGACCAGCAGGUUAACUACGUACUCAAGGUCAAGGCUGAAUGUAUCACCAAUCAGGGCAUCUUGUCGUGUCUACAGUGUAUUGAAAACCCACAGGCAAUAAAUCUCAUUCUCCGACUGACAGUUCAUCAGGUAAAAGCUUACUAA